AUGCGUUCUCUUCCGCCAUCACCAUCUCCCGCAUAUACCGAAAACAUUACGCAUCAUAAUCAUCAUCAUAUACAAGAAGACUUCACUCUAAUGAUCAUCCUCUUGGUUUUGUAUGGCAUCAUUGCCAUACGGUAUGUAACCACUAAAGAAGAAAAUCGUGAAACUAAUCUAAGCUUCCGGAGACCGCAACCGCCUAGGCCGCUGCCACCACCGCAACCGCCAAUAAUGCGUCCACAGCAGAUUGAGGCGGUCAUGGUUAAAGACGUAGUUGUGGAGGUGGAAUUUGUGUUGUCCGAUUUGUCUCGAGGAUUUGAAGGAGGAUGGUAA